AUGACCCGAGGCAGAAGCAAGUCCAUAGUGCAAAAAAUUGCUCUGGACGUAGCUACCCAUGACGAUAAGUUAGACGAAUUAACCAAGGACAAUCUCGAACAGAAGCAGAAGGCUGCGAACACGACGUAUAGAGCGAGCAGUACAGACAGUCACACUAGAAUAAGGUCUAAAACGACGUCGCAAGUCCAUAAUAGCGAAAGCCAUAUUGCAUUCAGUACACAGUCAUAUUCGUCUACGUCGUCUUCUCCCUCGCCGUCGCCUUGUUCAUCCAUCUUCGAUGCCUACCCACUCACUCAAAAGGAGUAUACAGCCCUUUCGUCAUCGUAUAUAAAUUCGAACAACCGAGAGAUUAUUAUUCCCAACGAAUCCAUACAGACUAUACAGUCGCUUUCCAAUGAUUCAGUGUUAUCGUUCCAAUCGAUAUGCAAGUCAAACCUUUCGGCAGUGUCUUCGUUAAUAUCCCAGACCAAUGAUAUCAUUACCCACUUGAAUGACUUGACAUUUAAAUACGACUAUGUUACGAGAGAAACGUCGGACUUUGCUCUGAAAUCUCAAGCCUUGAUAGACAAAAAGUCAACAUUGGAAGAAAUCUCGUCAGAGUUGCAGAAUAACUUAGAAAUCUUCGAGUCUUUCGAUUCAAUAACGAAGGUGUUAACCAACACUCCGGGUAUCAACGUAGUAAAGAAGCAGUCCUUCCAUCAAACCUUGUUCAAGUUGGAUAAUUGCCUCUAUUUCAUUUCCCAGCACGAGAAUUACAAGGAGGCCACAACUUAUAAAGUGAGGUUUAGACAAUGUAUGACCAGAGCAUUGACAUUGAUUAGGAACUAUCUCAUAGAAGAUUUGAAGUUAUUACAGAAGGAUAUUUCGUCAAGACUCGUCAAGUCAUUGAGUGAGAAGGACCAAAUAGCCACAUUUUCAUUUGACUUGUUCUUGUACACUUCUUUCAACAAUCACAUUGAAAAUGGAGAGACCAGUAACAGUAACCAAUUCCAAGACUACUACAAUUUCCCCAACUUGGGGUUUGAAAUAUACAAGAGGAUUAAUGAUCACCCUGAGUAUUUGGGAUUAUACAACGACUGCCUAAACCAAUAUUUCAAGGUCAGAUCGGGACUUCUAAAUGACUAUAUUUGGAAUCAAAUUGAUACGUCCUUGGAAGAGAAGGAGAAAAACGAACACCAAAAUUUGGUUCAAUUCACUCAAAACAACUUGUCGUUUUUCAAAAAGAUUUUAUACAAGGAACUUGACUUGUUUCAAAAGUAUUUUGUUCAGGAUGCUCUCAACGGUAACAGGAAUACUGUCGUUGGUGGAUCUGUCUAUAUGGAACUCAUUGAAUGGUUCAAAUCGUUGUUAGAACCACUUUAUGAUACUUUAAGGAAUAAGAUCAUCCGUGAGAUCAACAUAGGUGUGUUAUGUGAAAUCACCACAUUAUUACAGAAGUACUAUGAGUUCGAGGACGACAAUCAAAACAGUUGGAGCGGUGGAGUGAUUAAUUUUGGAGAAUUAUUCGAGCCUAUAUUGCAGGAUGUGCAGGCAAGAUUAAUCUUCAGAAUUCAGCUCUACAUAGACGAGAAGUUAUUAAAGUAUAAGGCUAAACCAGAAGAUUUAAACGUAGGUAACAGAAGAAGAGGGGCCCUGCUCACGGAAAGUAGUCUGGUUCUGCCAUCCAAGUCUGCCGUGGAUACUUCAUCGUUGAACUAUGAGUUUCAAGAGAAUCACUUCCCUGCUUGGUUCUUACCAGUUGGGAAAGCACUCACAAUCUUAUCUUCGAUAUACCAACUCAUUAACUCCAUUGUUUUUGACGACUUGGCGCACUAUAUCGUACACAGUUGCAUUUUCAUUUUGAAGGGCAGUGCUUAUAAGCUCGCUAUUUUACAUUUAGGGGAGCUAGAUGCUAAAUUAUAUUUAUUGAAGAACUUGAUUCUACUUCAGCAGCAGCUAAACACAUUUGAUAUACAGUAUGUAAGAACAGAGACUAGUUUGGAUUUUACUCUGGGAAUUCUUAACAUCAUCAAUAACAGUAAAGCCAGAGGUGGAGGGGUGAUUGAAAUGAUCAAGACGAGUGUUCCGAAAGUCAUAAACAACAUGAUAGACGCUAAAUUUGAAAUUGAAACUGAAUUGACUAAUACAUUCACCGAAUUCAUUAAAGACUGCGUGGAGAAGGUGAGCGAACCUUUAACGCUGGAAGGAAACGCUCUACAAGCAUCGUUGGCAUUCAGAGACAAGAUAAGCUUAGAAUUUCCCAAAUUGCAUCAUGAAAUGAGAGUUUACUUGGGAGACGACAAUACUAACAUGGCUAACGACAUCAUCAUAAGCCAAUUGAUGGAUGCAAUCGUCAGUCAAUUGAUUACCAAGUAUGAGACAUGGUAUAAUGGCAUCGAUACCACUGGCGACAACAAGAGUGAGAUAUCGGAAAUCAUGGAGGUUGACACAUUGUAUGGAUUUUUGAGUGAAAUCGUGAAUGAGCUUGGAGAAACCGAUGAUAAAUUAAUUGGCCCGGUUGCAGUUAGCGAAGAUGACUGA